AUGCUUCGUUUCAUUUAUCUGCUGCUGAUUUUUGGCUGCGACCUGAAUUUUGUCCAAGGGGAAUGUCCACAUACCGCACCGGGCUGCUUAGACUGCUGCACUGUUCAGAGAAAGUUUGACACGAUAGAAGACCGAUUGACAGCUCUGGAAAAGUUGUUGAAAGAAUUUCAAAUCAGGCUGAUCAAGAAUGAAAACAAGACUGCUGAGCUGUGUUCGCAAGCAAAUUUUAAGGUGAUAUUCAGUGCGGUAGUAGGAAGAUUUGGAACCAUCGGACCCUUCAGCACAGACACAACUUUAGUCUGCAGAAGAGUCAUUACAAACAUUGGCAAUGCUUACAGUAGAUUCUCAGGAAUCUUCACCGCACCAGUUCCAGGUGUUUAUUACUUUACCUUCUUCUAUCACGCUGGAGGAGAGUGUGAUGCAAUGCUGUAUCUGUACAGGAACUACCAGCUGAUCGUCAUGACCAGUGAUCACUCAUUGCGCCACGACACAGCAGAUAAUGGAGGAAACGCAGUGUUUCUGCAGCUGCGGAAAGGAGACCAAGUGCAUGUGCGCAUGGGGGCAAACUCGCAUGUCUGGGGAUCUUAUCGUCAUACAACUUUUAGUGGCUUCUUGGUCACUCCAAUGGCAGAAGAAAGAAAACCCAUUUAUUACCUCCACAGAAAGGGUUGA